AUGGAGGAUAUAAAAUUACUUGUUCAAGAAGAAGGAAGAUCAGCUAGAAAUUUGGUUGCUUUUAACGUACCUGUUAUUGAAACUCAGUAUGAUUCAAGUGCGAUGAAGGUGAUGAGGAAACCACCCACGUCUCCUCGAUCAAUGAGCGAUUAUAAAAAAAAUGAUGAUCCGUUUAAAUACGCAAAAAGGUCUCGGGAAUCUUCCCAAUCGGGAUCUAGAGUUAGAUCUGCAUCUACAGGAAGGGAUAAAAAAUCAGAACUCCAUGCCAGGUAUUGGGCUUUUUUAUUUGGUAAUUUACAAAGGGCAGUCGAUGAAAUAUAUCAAACAUGCGAAUCAGAUGAAAGUGUAACAGAAUGCAAGGAGGUUAUUAUGGUUUUAGAUAACUAUACAAGAGAAUUUAAAAAUUUAAUCAAUUGGUUUAAAAUAAAAUGGGAGUAUGAAACUACACCUCCACCUCAGAGACCAUUAUCAUUAGCUUGGGAAAUAAGAAAAAGUUCACCUGGAAAAAUAAGACAUAAAAUAAUUGAAACAAUUUGUAAAGAAAAUGUUUCGCCACAGGUGCCUAAAUUAAAUUCUAUUAAUACUGAGUCAAUUAUUGAAGAAAGCAAAUUGGAAGAAGUUGAUAUUGAAAAAAAUAAUGUGCAAGUAAAUUCAACUACUUCUGAGGAAUUACAUCAAGUCAAUUUACCAAAUUUAGACAAUAAUUCAUUAGAAAAUAAAGUCCAAUCUACAAAUCGAUCAGAUUCGAUUUUAUCUACAAAUAAUAAUUCUGAAAUAUCUAAAAGUAAUAUCGAUGUCCAUCCAAAUCAAACACUUGAAAAAAAAGAGUUUGAAAAUAAAAAUUUUAUAACAAAUAGGGUUUCUAUGACCGAUGAAGUUUGUCAAACAGAUCCUGAAAAAGAUGUUGAUGAAAAUGGUCCUAAAUAUCGAUCUUCUAGUCAACAAACUUGUCCUUCGAUAACUGGAUUUCAUGUAGAUAAAAUUAAUAAUUUGAUGCAAGGAGAAUCAAAAGAUGAAACCAAAAAAUUAACAGAAAAUAAUACCAAUGUUUUAUUUACUGGAAAGUUAAAAGUAAUCGAUGAUGAUUCAGUAUUUAAAGAAGAUGGAAAAAACUGUGUCAAACAAUCUCCAUCAUCCAAUAUGUCAACUGUGAAAAUGUCAUCUGCAAGUUCUAAUUUAAAUACGGGAAGAACAUUAAUAAGAAGUUCUUACUUAUGUGCAGCUACGAAUAAUUCGAAACCCAUAAGUUUUGUUGCUUUUGCAAAACCUGGUUCAGUUGUAAGAUUACCUGCAAGUAAAUUACCUUCAACGACUCCACAAAGACAACCCUGGGGUGCGAGGUCGGUACCUAAAAAGUCCGUGUCAACAACUUUAAAUUAUCCCGUAAUGACCAAACUUACAAGGAGCAAAACGGUGUCAGAGGUAAUCAGAGGUGGAAGAAGUUCUUUGUUAACGAAACCUACGAAAACAGUGCCUAACAUAAAACAGAAUUCAAACAUACUCACUGAAAGUAAAUAUAGUAAAUCAGAAAAAGUUGAAAAAGCGUUGACUUCAAAGAAAUCCAGUGCUACAGAAUCAUCCCUUAUAACAAACCAGGAAAAUUCUAAUUCAGUGGAAACGUUAACUAAAAAAAUAAACGGAAAUGAAGAUGGUAAAAUCAUGGAUGAUGACGGAUGGGUUAAAGUCAGGUCAAAGUCACGUUUUUCCUUAGCUACCAAAACCGGAGCUUUGGAAACAACCCUUUCUCAAAGUGCUAACAAUCUUAAAACAAAAGGAGACCACAAAGGAGAAAUUAAAAUGACUCAUAAAACUCGUUAUUUUCAACCGAGUUCGGCCAUAUCGUUGCCAACGUUGGCAUUUUCAGCAAGCGAAUAUAAAGAAAAUAUCGUGUCAAAGAAAAUAAUAAAAGGAAAACCGGAUUUAAAAAAUAAAACGAAAGAUUUUGGUAAACCAUUGAAAAAAAUCGAAAAAAAAAAUAAUAAUAAUAAUAAUAGUAAUAAACUCGAAGAUAAUGUUAACAAUAGGAAGAGGAGUAAUGGAGAAAGAGUUAGAAAAAACAGCACUCGGUUGUUGAAUGAAAAAAAUUUAAAUGAAACGGUUAAAACCGAUUUGUACAACAGCAGAGAAAAAACUGAGAAUAAAAAAAAUCUUUUAUCCGGUGGAAAACAAAUGGGUUAUUCGAAAUCGAAAACCAUUUCAUCCAUCGAUCAAGAGUCAAACGACGAAGAAGAAAAUCAUUUUCACGAAGAAAUUAAAAAGAAUAAAGAAACGGAAGAAAUGUUGCAAAAGGAAAUAAACGAAUUGGAAGCUGCGGAUAUCGAGUUGGAAACCGGAGAUGAAGAAACGGAUGGCGAAACGACAACCGGAACCGAGGAAGAACCGGAUCAAGAAAAAAAAUCACCGACAUCCGUUUUGGAAAAUCGACAGGAUAGCGAAGUCGUACCGAAAAAAUCGAAUAGAUAUCACGACAUAUUAAGAAUGUCGUGGGCUGAUCAUAUGGAAACUCUAGACGAGCUGGAGAAGUUAGUCGUACAGGAUUGUUCUAAUAAAGGAAUGACAAGGGAUGAACAGUUGGAUACGUUGGAACGAUUGGAAGAAUUCGUCGCUCGACAUCCGGGACGGGCAUUGGAAUUACACCAAAAAUUAUCUUCACCCUCGAGAAGAAGAACAAUGUUGGAUACCGUGAAAAAAUUUCAAGCGAGACAAGCUAAAGCGUUGGAAAAAAGGGAACAACUUAAAAUGGAAAAAGCUCAAAAAUUGAGAGAGCUUUUGAAAAAAGUCGAUGAAGUCAAAGCAGCAAAGGAUAAACUUAUCGAAGAUAGAAGACAACGACUGGAAAUGAAAUUGAAAAGAGCGGCAGAAAAUAGAAACUUGCAUUUGAAAGAAAUCAUGAGGAAAGCUCAUGACGAAGAAGAAAAACUUAAAGAAAUUGCUUUUAUUAACGAGUUGGAAGCUCAAAAUAAAAGACAUGAUUUUAUGACUCAAUGUCAGGAACAAGAAGACAGAUUACAGGGUAUCCAUGAAGAAAGGCAAAGGAAACAAGAAGAAAAAGCCGCAAAAGAAGCUGCGGUUGAAGAAAGGCGAAAAGCUAUUGAAGCAGAAAGGCAAGAAAAAUUGGAAAAAAUGCAAGAAAGACAGAGAAAACGUGACGAACAAGUUGAUAAGAAAAAACAGGAAAAGGAAAAAGAACGUCAAGAAUUGGCGAGAGAAAAAGCAAGAGAUAGAAGCGAAAGACUCGAAGCUUUACACGCUGCUCAAUUGGAAGCCCAAGAAGAAUUACAGAAAAAAAUUCAACAAAAACAAGAGGAUUACGCGCGAAGACACGAAGAAAACAUCGAACAAAUCCGUCAGAAAGCUCUGGAAUUAAGUAUAUCGAAAUGUUCCGACGAUGUUGCUCCCAAAUUGAUCCCUUACGAAACUCAAAAACUCUGUUCGGCGUGCAACGUUUUGAUCGGAUCCGAAGUGUACCUGCUCAGUCAUCUUCGUGGUAAAAAACAUCAAGAAGCGGUUAAAAAUCAAGUCAACGGAAAAGAUUUAAGUAGGGAAGAAGUUGAAAAGCACAAUAUUAAAAUAAUAGUCAACGCUCCGUCGGAUAAAAUCGAUCCUAAAAUCGAGUUGGACAAGGAAAGAAUAAAAAGUUUUAAAAAGAAGUGUAAAAAAAUCCGACAGAGAAUGAUUUCAAAAGGAGAAGAGUAUCUUUCGAAAUCUACGACCUCCGGAAAAAUAGAUUCACCGGGAAAGGGAAAACUGCAAAAGUGUUUGAGAGAUAUAGAAAAAGUCAUAAGUAGUCAGGGAAAGGGACAGUGGAGCGACAGCGCGAUAACAAUAUUGGAAAGAUCAAUGGGAGAAAUAAAUAGAACUUUGAGUAAAAAGGAUUCUCACGAUCAAUUAGUUUUCAAAGUUUUAAAUGGUUUUUCAACUUUAAACAAUAUAUUACAAUUGGACAUUGAUGUUCCGCAGAACGCAGCACCGUAUUUGCCUCAAAAGUGUUUUGUAACGACGAGCAAAACUUAUUUGGCAGCAAUCGACGGUUUUGCAUUAAAUUGUAAAUUUGUCAUAUUGAGUAAUAGAAUACUCGGUUUGUUGGAUUUACUAUUAAAACGUUUGACGGCCAUAUUACCCGAUCAUGGUCCGGGACCCGUUGUAAGCAGCAAUACAAAGUCAUCGUUACCUGUUGAUCCCGUGGCAAGUGCAAUUAUGAAAGGUAUAGCAAAAAUAUUAAUGGAAUGGGAAGACAAAAGUUUAGAACCUUCUGCUACUUCUGCCGUUACUGGUUCUGCGAAUUCUCAUUCGGAUGAUUUUUUACAAAGGUUGCAGGAUAUUAUUAGUUACACCGUCAGCGUCGGAAUCGUCGACAAAUUGACGAGAUAUUGUAAAUCCGUGAGGGAUCCGAUAGAUAGCGAUUUGUCAGCGGCGCAAUUUUUACUCAGCACCGUCGAAUUAUUGACCAGUUUGACGGCGAGGUGCAAAACCGUUCGUCAGGGUACCGAAGAUCCGACACAACUUUUAGCAACUCUUCAAGUCACCGAAUUGGUCGGAGCCGUGUCCAUAUUAUAUGGGAUGCUGUUGCAUCAGGGAGCGCCGCCGAGGUUGAUAGAUGCAGUACCGCCGACGUUACCGAGUCACACGAUCGGAGUCGCCGUUGGAACCAUGAGAUUCCUUCGAUCCGUCGCCGAACUCGAUCUUCAAAUGUUUCAAACCAUUUUAGGUGCCGAAGGUAUAUCUCUGCAGUUCAGGCACAUAGCAAGUUACCUUUUGUGGUAUUGUUGCCACGAUCGUGAAAAAACUCUGUUGCACGAAGUCGUUUACGUCGUCGGAUAUUUCGCCGUACAGCAUCGGGAUAAUCAGAUGAUACUCCAGUCGGGAUCGACGCCGACCGUUCUCCAGCAGCUUUGCAAUUUACCAUUUCCCUAUUUUAGCAAUCCGGACUUGUCGGCGAUCCUGUUUCCGACUCUUCUCGCUUGCUGUAGCGACAACGAUGAAAACAAAGGGAUUUUGGAACAGGAAAUCAUUUUCUACGAAUCGGAUGCUGCCGGAACUUUUCAAUUGUCAUUUCGCGCCGAAAAAGUCGUAAAAGUUCUUCUUGAGUGUUUGACUCAGGUCCGACCGGUUUUAAAUCGUUCGAACAAAGUCGCGAAAAAACAGGAAAAAAAAAAAAAGCAACAAACGUCCGCCAUUUCCUUUUCCGUAUUAAAUUUACCAAGGGUUUCUCUCACGCGAGGAAAAUUACAAAAGAAUUUAUUUUAUUAA